CACGUUCCAGUGUUCUCAAAGCUUUUGUCACCACUGCGAAAGACGGCCAUGAGGCUUUUCUUAAGGUCUUUGUUCGAGUUAGCCUCCGUGCUCUUCCUUCUUGACUCAGCCAAUGCCCAAGCCUUGAAGGUUGGCUUCUACAAAAACUCAUGCCCAUACGCUGAGGCUAUAGUUCGUAAGGCCGUGGCCGGUUACUUUUCUCAGGACCCAACAGUCUCCGGCCCACUAUUAAGGCUCCAUUUCCAUGAUUGCUUUGUUCGGGGUUGCGAUGGCUCGGUACUACUGAACUCCACUAAGACUAAUUUAGCAGAGAAGGAUGCAAUGCCGAACCAAAGCCUGGAUGGAUUUUAUGUCAUUGAUGCAGCAAAGGAAGCAUUAGAGAAAGCAUGUCCAGGGAUUGUCUCAUGUGCUGAUAUCGUAGCUCUCGCAGCAAGGGAUGCUGUCUCCUUGGCCACCCGUUCAGUUGGAAAAGGGUCUUGGAUGGCGAGCAACAACCUUUGGGAGGUCCCCACGGGGAGGAGGGAUGGGCUUGUGUCCGUGGCCUCUGAGGCUUUGGCUAAUUUACCAUCUCCUUAUGCUGAGAUCACUCAGCUGAAAGCGUCCUUUGCUGCAAAGGGUUUAAGUGCAAAGGACUUGGCAAUUUUAUCAGGAGCUCACACAAUUGGAAAUUCUCAUUGUUAUUCCUUUGAGAGACGACUCUACAACUUCACUGGAAAAGGUGACACCGACCCAACUUUAGAUCCGAAGUAUGCUAUCAAGCUAAGGAGCCAAUGUAAGCCCGGGGAUGAGACUACGACGGUGGAAAUGGUUCCAGGGAGCUCCACAACGUUUGAUACCACGUACUACAAGUUAGUCGUGAGAAGAAGGGGGUUGUUCCACUCUGAUGAGGCUCUCCUUCAGGACAAGGAGACGAGAGACUAUGUCUACUCUCGGCUCGAUUCACCCAAGUCUAGUUUCUUCUUCGACUUUGGCGUGUCAAUGGUGAAGAUGGGACAGAUUGGGGUGCUCACAGGCAAGGCAGGGGAAAUUAGAAAGCAGUGCGCUUUAGUUAAUAGCUACAAUUAUAAGCGUGGAAUAAAAUAUAUCUUUUGUUUGAACAUAAAGAGAGUAGCAAGGCCCUUUUGCAUUCAACUACUGAUCAAGUUUUGCGAUUUAUCUUUACUUAGAGCAAUGAGGAAGACAAGCAUCCAGUGUUUUGUGAUAUGUGUAGCGUUGAGUUUAUUUUGUGCAAAUGCUGAUCUCAAGUUGGGUUUCUAUGAUGAGACUUGUCCAAAGGCUGAGAAGAUUAUAUUCGACUAUGUUAAGAAACAUAUACCUCAUGCACCAUCGUUAGCUGCUCCUCUUCUUAGGGUGCACUUCCAUGAUUGCUUUGUCAGGGGUUGUGAUGCUUCUGUUCUGAUUAACUCCACUAGCAAGAAUCAAGCAGAGAAAUCAGCAUUCCCAAAUCUAAGCAUUCGUGGUUUCGAUUUCAUCGAUAGAGUCAAGAGCUUAAUAGAAGCAGAAUGCCCGGGUGUUGUUUCAUGUGCCGAUAUUCUUGCCCUGGUUGCAAGAGAUUCUGUUGUUGUCACAGGAGGUCCCUUCUGGAAUGUUCCCACCGGGCGAAGAGAUGGUUUGAUCUCAAAUUCCAUAGAGGCCUUGAAAAACCUUCCAGCCCCAACUUUUAAUUUUAGUGCUCUCCAAACAUCUUUCGCUAGUAAAGGACUAGACUUAAAAGAUUUAGUACUUUUGUCUGGAGCUCAUACAAUUGGUGUCUCUCACUGCUCAUCGUUCAGUAGUCGCCUUUACAAUUUCACUGGAAAAGGUGAUGAAGACCCUUCUCUAGAUAGCUUUUAUGCUGCAAAUUUGAAGAAGUACAAGUGCAAAGUUCCUAAUGACACGACAACGAUUGUUGAGAUGGAUCCGGGAAGCUUCAGAACUUUUGAUCUUGGAUACUACAAACAUUUACUCAAGAGAAGAGGUCUCCUCCAAUCUGAUGCAGCUCUAACCACUAAUACUGCAACGAAGGCUUCUAUCAUGGAGCUUGUCAGCAGUCCUCUUGAAGUAUUCUUCAAAGAAUUUGCUUUUUCUAUGGAGAAAAUGGGGAGGAUUGAGGUAAAGACAGGAUCUUCGGGUGAAAUUAGGAAGAACUGUGCGGUCGUGAAUAGCUAG